ACGAUGUUGUCAUUCGUUCGCGGACUGUUCCUGGAUAUGGAUCGCCAGCGAGACAUAAACCGGGAGCGUUUGGAGGCCGAGAACAACUUCCUGGACCAGGAGAUCAUCCAGGAGGACAUGAAGCGCAACGUCCAAGACGGCGAAGCGGUGCAGAGCGAUACCAAGGACCAAGGUGGAAGCGAUGAUGAGGCGGAGGAUGGCUUGGAGAUCGACUUUUCCAAUCUGAACAUUAAGAAUGACAAGUCGUGCUCCUCGCGGAAGGGAGUCAUCACUCGCUUGAACAUCGACGGAGGAGUCAUAGAUCACUCCUUGGACUUUACCACUAAGGCGGCGGAUGGCAUCUACCGGGAGCUGCAUGUCGGCUCAACGGUGGAGUAUCUGACCUACAGGAAGACCCCCAAAGAAUCGGAGAUCGUGGUGAAGCUAAUCCGGAUUAUCGAGCAUGUCUGGGAGGACGUAAAUGACGAAAAGAUCAAGGAGUCAGUGGAGACGUUGAGGAACGAGAAGCCCACCUACUUCAACACCCAACUGCGCAAUGUCAUGGGCAUCAUUAACAAAAGACUUGAGGCGGCCAUCGAGGUGGAGACUGAGUACGGCGACGAGACGAUUGAGCUGGACAAGGUGGAGCUGACCUUUGUGCCCCGCCAGGGAGACCGCGUCUGCCUGGAGUGCAAUGUCCAGCUGGACGACGACUAUGUGGACAAGCAGGGCCAAAUCCUGCAGGUGACCCGAGUGUUUCCGGCCCGCGUCGAACCCUCCCAGAAGUGCAUUGUGGAGCGGGUCUUUAAUGAUUUCUCAGUGCUUGGAACCAAUUUCUUUGUGCUGAAGGAGGACAUCCCGAACGGCACGGAACUCCAUUUGGGCGACAUAGUCCUGGUCGAUCUCAUCGAAUGCCAAUAUGCGAAGUUCGUCAAGCGCGCCAUCAAGCUGGCCAUGCAGGAGAAGAACUUUGGUGCCCUCAAAGGACAAAAGAUGUCCAGCGCGGAGGCUGUGAAUGAUGUUCAACCAGUUACCAUCACCGGAUCGGAUCGGUACAUAACCACGGAGUUGUGGGAGCGCCACCGCGUCACUCUGAAGCUGAAGAACAACAUCAAUCGGAUGCUGCGCCUGGAGAGCGUCACUAUCACCAACCCUGCUGAAUCCCAGCUAAGUGUGGUUGAGCCGACGGAGCUCACGGAGAUCGUGAAUGGCGGACAUAUACCCAUUGUUCUGGAGGUGCAGACCAAGUUCAUGGGCGAAGCUAUUGAGCGGUAUACCCUCAACUUUGAGAGAUUCAAGGUGACGCGCUGCUUCACCGUGAUUGUGUGCGAGAACGAGGAGGAGGCACUCGCGGCAGAGAAGCGUCUCAUAGCCGCCGAUAGCCUGACUGCGCCGGGACGCACCGUGGGCCAGAGAUCUCGGUUCUAUGCCAACCAGGUGUGGUCGCACAAGCUGGAGGUGGUGCCGGGCGAGUGCAUUGCCACCAAGCGCCGGUUCGUGGCAGUGCGAUUGGGAUACUUCGAGGUUCCUGAGAAGCUGCGCUUACUCUAUCUGACCACCGAACGUCGCAUGGAAAUGUUCGAAGCCAUUGAACAGCAGUAUCCUUGCAUCAACGAGCCCCUUACGAUCGUCAACUACAUCCAGCGCUUUAGCCUGUUCCUGCACCUCGAGGAGAUCGAGUACUUCAUUAGCUUCCGCAACUACGAUCGAGAUCGUGCCCAUUUCCAACGGGAUGGAGAGUUCUUGUCGCUGCAGAUCGAGAACCUAGCCGAGCGUCGCCCUUCGCUGGUCGUGGGCGAUGUGGUGCGAGCCGUUAAUCCCUGGGUGGAAACUUGUUCUGGGGACAACAAGACCUUCGAGGGCAUCAUCCACAAGGUUCUCUUCAAUCGGGUGCUGCUCAAGUUCAAUGCCAGUUUCCAGGACAAGUACAACGGCGAAGACUACCGCUUGGAGUUCUAUUUCUCGCGAUUCGGUUUCCGUAAACAGCACUAUGCCAUAUCUCGCAUUGUUACCCAACUGGGCGAGCAGUUCCUCUUCCCGAAGAAGAUCCAGAAACGCAUCCACCCCCAACUGGAGGUGAGGAUGGAGGGCCAUGACAUGUACCUCUUCGACUCGCACAUUCCGUGGUACAACCACUCGCUCAACUACAUCCAGAAGCGCGCCGUCUACCACAUCUUACGUGGCGAGGCCAUUGACGUUCCCUACGUGAUCUUCGGGCCACCUGGCACUGGGAAAACGGUGACCCUGGUGGAGGCUAUCCUGCAGCUGGUCAGGAAUGUGCCGGGUGCACGACUGAUGGUCGGAACUCCAUCGAACAGCUCUGCUGAUCUGCUGACCAAGAGGAUCAUUGAGAGCAAUGCCUUGCCGCAGGGCGACUUUAUCCGCCUGGUGUCCCAGAACCAGAUCGAGAAGGACCUGAUUCCCCCCGAGCUAAUGAGCUACUGUGCCACCGUGGACAUUGGUUCCAUGGGCACCUGCAGCGAUAAUAUGAUGGUCACUGAAUCGGGCUUGAAGCUGCGCUGCCAGAUGAAGUUCAUGGGCCGCCACAAGGUCACCAUCUCGACUUGCACCACCUUGGGUAACUUCCUGCAGAUGGGUUUCCCGGCUGCUCACUUUACGCACGUUCUCAUCGACGAGGCUGGCCAGUGCACCGAGCCGGAGACCAUGAUUCCGAAUGUGCUGCUCGUAAAGGGUCACUGCCAGACCGUUCUUGCCGGCGAUCCCCACCAGCUGCAGGCCAUCGUCAUCAAUCGGUAUGCGGGCGACAGGGGAUUCGCCAAGUCCUUCUUGGAGAGACUUCUCGAGUGCGGACCGUACAAGAAGGACAUGCAACGUUACCCCAAGACGUCCGGCUACAAUCCCAUUGUCCUGACCAAACUGCUCUACAACUACAGAGCCCUGCCCUCCAUCAUGAACAUCUACAGCAAGCUCUUCUACGACGAUGAACUGGUUUCCAUGGUCGACGAGGAGGACUCCCGCGAAGCCAGGCAGCUGGCCAAACUGUUGAAGGUCUUCGAGCCCAACGUGGACAUGCCCAAGAGCCAUGGCACCUUCUUUUACGGGAUCACUGGGGAAAAUAUGCAGGAGAAUGACUCUCCCUCGUGGUACAAUCCCGGCGAGGCCAGGGAGGUCUUCCUGAUGACCAUUGCUCUUUACCGCUGCAAUGUGACCCCGGAUCAGAUCGGGAUUCUGACUCCUUACGUGAAGCAGGUGAAGACCAUGAGGAACAUGUUCAUGGGCACAAAUGUGGCUAUGCCAAAGAUUGGAUCUGUGGAGGAGUUUCAGGGACAGGAACGCGACAUAAUGCUGAUUUCGACUGUGCGUUCUACGGAGUCCAUUCUCCGGGCUGAUUACCGUCUCUGCCUGGGAUUCGUGCGCUGCAACAAGCGGAUGAACGUGGCCAUCUCUCGAGCUCGCUCUCUGAUGAUUAUUUUCGGGAAUCCCCAUCUUUUGUCCGUCGACGACUGCUGGCGCCACCUGAUCCUCUUCUGUGCCAACAACAACGCCUAUUUUGGAUGCGAACUGCCGGCCAUGAUCCAUGACAAUGAUGACGAUGAGGAAAGCAAGAAGGAUACCUUUGGAUGCGUUCCUUGAAACCAUUUUUUAUAUUUAGUAUUUUUUCAUUUCUUCAAAAACGAAUAACUUGUAACUCUGAUUUCUUAUAAUUUUGCUUAUUUUGUUCUCAUAUGAGUUGUGUACAGACGUUACCUGUAGUUUUUACUCA